GUUCCAUAGUUUAAGCAGAAGAAUUCAUCUUGUGAUUUAGGAAGAGUAAAUUUAUCGUCUUUUCCGAUGGCAAAAUCCAGAAAACGAAAGCUGGUGGGAAUAGAUGAUGCUGUCAAUAAUGGUGGUAUUGAUAGAUUGCCUGAUGAUUUAGUAAUUAACAUUCUAUCACACAUGAGCAUGAAGAGAGCUGUGAGGACUAGUGUCCUCGCACAUAGAUGGAGAUAUCUUUGGAGUUUUUCCCAUGAGAUUCUGCGAUUUGAUGGAAAACUAAUGGAAAAGGAAAAAUUCGAGUCUUGGGUGAAUGGUGUGCUGGAUCAUCUUCAUCAAGGUCGAUAUAUUGAGGGCAUGAUCAUCAGUUUUGAGGGAGGGGUCGGGAUGGAUGAGACGGCAUCUACGUCUCGUGCAGUUGAGAAAUGGUUGAAUUUUGCUAUGCAAAAGGAAGUUCAAAGGUUGGAGUUGAAUCUCUCAUUUGAAGAUAUAUAUAGAUAUAAAUGCCCAGGUUUUCGAUAUGCAUUCCCAACUCUUGAUGAGUUAAGAUCACAUUCACCUUCACGUUCACGUGCAUUUUGCCGCCUGAGAAGCCUUAGAUUGGCCCAUGUUCAGAUCAGCCACGACGUGGUUCACUAUUUUCUAGCAUCGUGUCCCGACCUUGAAGAGUUGUGCAUACGAUUAUCUUACUACAUUCAGGGGGAUCUUCGAGUCGUUGAUCCACCAAGCUUGAGAGUUUUGGAGAUAACCAGAUGCCCCUAUAUCGCGAGUUUGGAGAUAUCUGCUGUGAGUCUCGUCUCGUUAAAAUAUGGAGGAGCGAAAAACAGCUUGCUGUUGAAAAAAGCUCCGAAUCUUCGUAAAUUAUGUGUUAGAGGUGGUAUGUGUUGGUCCUUUGUUCUAGAGCCCAAGGAACACUCGAGCUAUUCAGUUCAGCUGGAGAAGCUUGUAUUGGAUUUUCGAUUACCGGAGGAUUUUAGAAUUUCGGUUUAUGCUCCUCCUGAUUCGCCUCGAUUAUGCUCUCUCAAACGGCUGCAAGUGCAAGUUCUUACAAAGCAUGGUUCAUCCCUUAACUUCUUCAAAUCAUUGAUUGUGGCAUCUCCACACUUAUGCGAGUUUAGGAUUGAGCUGAGCUACACGGUAGAUGUUAAUGAGUCAAAUCUUUACGGAUUUCCGGAUAUAAAAGAAGUGUACAAGGUUGGGAAAUUCGUUCAUAGAAAUCUUAAGGUGGUUGAAAUGAGCGGCUACAUUGGAUGUGGAGGUCAUGGAGAGAAAUUGCUGGUUGAAUUGAUUUGGAGUUGUCCAUCGCUCGAGAGGGUCGCGAUUGAUACUCUGACUGAUUACUAUGAUGAUCCUCUCGUUCGCUCCUACAUUGCCGCGUGCAGGUCAUAUAAAGACUUCGUCGUGCCUUGGGCAACCUCACGCGAGGAAGCAAAAGAACGCGCCCAACGUUUCAUAGCCAAAACGCGGAAGCAGAAGCCGAGGAUGCGGGAGUGGAAGCGGUGCCAGUGGGAGCGCCUUGAAUUCAUCGUCACAUGAAUUUGAAUGAAUCUAUUUAUCUGCCAUUUUGAUUCUUGGGGUACAUUGUGUUUUAAGUUAUUGAUGGAUGCUUUGUUUAUUGUGACACCACACAUUGUUUGUGGAUACAACAUUUUGUCUUUCUACUUUUAUAGCUUCUUAAAAUAUACUAUAAGUAGUUGCUUUCUUUUGUGUAAAGUAUUGAGAAUGUGUAAAUCUGCUGCUGCUGCUAAAUCUGCAAGAUCAAAAGGCUGCUGCCAAAUAA